UUUUAAUUAUUCUCGUUAAUGAUUAUCUGAUCAAUACAAGAAAGAAACUCCUGCAUUAUGGAGAGUCCUGAAGCAGCCAUUAAUAAACGUAUCUUACGAACAACUCUAGAAAACAAACAUCAUAUUCUUCUUACUGUUCGAGGGUCUCCAUAAGUGCCCAAUCCCAGAAGUGGGAUAUGGUUCCCGUCACUGAGACGGAUACUGUGGCUUUCUGCUGUCAGAUCCAUGACAGGUGUGUGGAUAGACUGUGCUGCUAUCUAGCCUGCGGCGACCAUGGAUGUUAACCAAGACUGGGUUAUUUAUUUAUUAAAGACCAUGAACCUUGAACCCUGGUGUUGCCGAGUCAAACCCAAACAAACUGACUAUGAUGUUGGACUUAAUUCAAAAAUGUUAACCCCUCUAUAUUGUAAACAUUAUUCAGCUUUUAAUAUGCUGUGUUGUGGGCUUGAAAAACUAGACUCACUAAUUGUUUUUAUGGGUGUGUGUUGUUAUUAUUGUGGUUCAAUACAUAUGUAAAGGAGCAUAAAAAAAGAUUAAUGAACACAAGAUCAACCAGUUAUAUUAACACACUGAUUAAUGAUCACAGGGGAUAUGAGUGCAGCAGUAUUGCAUAACACAUUUUAAAAAAACAUACCCAAUCAAUCAUAAUGUUGUGUGGUUGCAAUUACGAUGCUAAUGCAUUUGUAACAAAUGUGAUAUAGGGUGUUCCUGUGUUUACUUAUCCCCUGACUGCCCAUGUAGACUAUCAUAAGCAUGGUUGUAUUAUUAAUCUUCCGUAAAGAAUGGAAACAUUUAAAAUUCCUUAUUUUCUGAACAGAUAAACAUUUAAGUAGUGCAGUAAUGGUCCAUAUCGACAUGUUCAGUUUUUAGGUCAGAUGGAUUAUGUAGCAACAAGUACCUCAAGGAGAAAUAACAUUACCAGUGUAUUACAGCAAUGAUACUAAAACUGGUCGCUCACCCACUUGUGCUUCCUUUCUGUUGAGUUAAACCGGUAUGAAGUUAGGGGAAUAGUUAUUUUUAAAUAUCUGUCAAAGGGGGUUACCUUUGGACUGGUCUGACACUUUAUAAAAUGUGUAUUUGACUUUUUAAAACACUUUAAACACAUUUAGACAAAUAGACACAUUCAAUACACGUUUAAAAAUAGAGGGGUUAAACAUUUAAAAGCAAGAUAUGCUCAUCAUUUUGCAUGAAACGUUUGGAACUGUUUGUGUUCUUGAAAACCUAGAAGUAAGAGUAUAUUUCAAAUUGGAUGGAUGUAAAAAGGGUAUAAUAACCUUUAGCUUCACCAGUCUACAUAUUUACGGUCCUUCAGAUUUAAGACAAAAUGAUAACGACUACUGUUGCUACAAAGUCUACUAAAUACUACUACUACUAAACUGUAAACAUGAAGUCUCAGUGUGUAAAUAUCCUCAGCUUGUUUCCCUCUUGUACGAACGCGCGCUAUUUGACCCCACCCUCUCAUGCAGCAACGAGCGCGUGCGGUGGAUUUAAAGAGCUCAUCUAUCAACAUCUGCAGCACGAGACCCCGACCGAGGGUUUCUAUUUUGAUUCUUCUGGUCUGUGCUCCAGUCGAUAUAUUGUCGCGUUUACGUGAAGAUAUCAUGUUAGCAUGCUAAAAAAAAAACAUGAGCUGGCAGAGAGUAGGAGGAAAAUGAAGGUGUGCUUGUUUGCGAACUAUAUGAGGAAAUGGUCUGCUCUGCUCACCUGUGUGGCAACAUAUUUUACACACGGAGAGAUUUAGCCUUGAAAGCUGAAAGUGCUUGAAAUGGAUGAACGCACAGGGAAACAGGAGGCGGGGGAUGCUGUUGCCUUCACCGCUGAGAACGAAGCUGAGAGCAAGCAAGUGGAGGAGGAAAAGUCCGCUGCAUCCGGCCGAAAUUACUUGGACUCUUGCCCCGUUUGCACUUUAAACUUUCACAGUCGAGAGCCCCAACUUCUUCCGUGUCUGCACUCUUUUUGCAAGAAAUGUCUCCCUUCGCCCUCGAGGAAUCUGGCCAUGGCAGAGACGCCAAACUCCCAGGUGGACAGCGCGACCAAACCACUGAAUGUGAUCCGGUGUCCGGUGUGCAGGCAGGAGUGUAUGGAGGUAGAUGUGAUGGAAAACGUGUUUGUGAAGGACUCCGUUGAGACUCCCAGCAGCACAGUGGAAAGAACAGUCCAGCUCUGUAUGACAUGUGAUGACAACACUGAGGCUGCUGGGUUUUGUGCGGACUGUGUUGAGUACCUCUGUGCCACCUGUGUGGAGGCGCACCAAAGGGUCAAAUUCACCAAAGACCACACCAUCAGGCAGAAGGCAGAAGUAUCGCAAGAAGUCAAUGGUGUGUUGACUCAGAGGCCGGUGUUCUGUGACAUCCACAAACAGGAGGCGCUGAAGCUCUUCUGUGAGACCUGCGACCUGCUGACCUGUCGUGAUUGCCAGCUGGCCAAGCACAAGGAGCACAAUUACCAGUUCCUUGAAGAUGCUUAUAAGAACCAUAAACAGCACAUGCAGAGCAUGACCCAUCAACUGCAGGAGAAAAAGAAAACUAUUGAAGAGGUAUCAAACUCCAUAAACAACAGACUCCUUCAGGUUCAUCAGAAUCGUGCGUCUGUUCAUAAUGAAAUAAACAAAUCCAUCUGCAGUUUGAUUCUUGAGAUAAACAAGAAGGGCAAGAUGCUAGUUAAUCAACUUGAGGCUGUAACAAAGGAUCAUGAGAGUGUCCUGCGAAAACAGCAGGAGGACAUCGGCUAUCUAUCCAGACACCUGGAUCAUGUCAUCAACUUCACCAAAUGGGCCACAGCCAGGAAUGGGGGCACGGCCCUGCUGUACUGUAAACGCUUGAUUCUGUUUCAGAUUGGAAACCUCCUGCGGGCAAAAUGCAGUACCUCGUUUAUACCACAGAGCACUGUACGCUUCCAGAGUCGAUCCUCUUAUUGGGCCUCAAAUGUGGAUCUGGGCUCUUUACUGGUGGAGAGUGCACCAGGCCACCAGCUGGGCGGUUUUCAGGGUAUCCCUCAUCAGCUCCCCCACCCUGCGUCGGGCCCCUCAGGCUCACCCCACAGCUUUGCCCUGGGAGCACCCCAUAAUACUCUGGCUCAGCUCCAGAUGCAGGUGGAGAAGCUAAACCCACAGGCCAACUGGCAGCCCCAACCAUCUCCUCCACCUUGGACGUGGUACCAGAGUGUCCGACUUCAGCGAACCAUCCCUGGGCCCCUGCAAGGAGGCCCCGCCCCCUCCCACAGUAUGAUGCCCCAACCAGGCCGCAGGUUCAUGGUGCCACCUCCCAACCACGUCAGCCCAACUAGCAGCUUACCAAGCCCUGGGUUUACGUCCCAGCCUCUGAGGGGGAUGGGAGGCAGCUACCAACCCAAACCCAUGGACGUCUUCUCCUCUCCACCUUUCUACACCCAUAUUACACCACUGCCCAUCAAUAGUGGUGUCUGCUCGCCUCAAUCACAACAGACGAUUGAGCCUACGUAUCUGAAUAAGAGGAAUGAUUCAGGCGGUUCGAUGUACAUGCUGAAACCCAACUAUCCCCAGAGCCUGCCACCAUCUUUUCAACACAUAAAUGUGCAAGGACAGCAGAAUUCACCCGGGUAUGCUGCUGUAUCCCAGGAGGAGAAAUCAGGCACUGUUACCUGGAAACCUCCAGAAGCAAAGCAGUCCGGUGGAGCAGUGGGCUCUGCUGUCAAGAAAAGACGAAGGUCGUCACCAGGGCCAAUCAUAGUCAUCAAAGAUGAGCCAGAUGAUGACAGUGGCUACCUCCAAGCCCAUCAAAGAGCCAGCCUCCCUGACAGCACAGGUGACCAACCCCAAAUCAGUGCUCCUCUUCAAAGCACAGAGGACAAAUCCCAUAGUCCUUCACAGCCUCCAUGCAGCCCACGGGACCAGAGCAAGACUAAUGCUCAAAAUCACAUCCGUGCCCUGGGAGGAGAACAGCAGGUAGACCAAGCCCUGCUGGAGGACUCUAAUGAAGUCCUGUGUGCUGCGUGUCACACAGGCAGAGAGCUGCUGUGCUGUGAUCAGUGUCCCAGGGGGUUUCACCUUUCGUGCCAUGUUCCAACUCUCUUCAAAUCUCCCAGGCAAGCUCUGACAGGUGGGAAAUGGUUUUGCUCAUUCUGCCGCAACCUGUUAGUUCCAGAGAUGGAUUAUGACUGCGAACCUGAAGCCAAAACAGUGAAAAAGGAGCCCAAUUCUGAAGGAGGAUUUCACCCUGUGGACAAACGAAAGUGUGAGAGGCUGUUGCUGCACUUGUUUUGCAGCAAGCUGAGUACAGUCCCUCAAGGCCGUGUAUCCCCCUCGGUGUGUGCUAAUAACAGGGUGACUAUAAAGGGGCCAAUGAAUCUUUCCGCCGUGAAAAAACGACUGGAAGCAAAGCAGAGUCUGUGCUACCAAAGCCCUGCAGAGUUUGUGUCGGACAUCAGGCUUAUCCUCAAUCAGGUUGACACAGAGGUCACCAUGGCAGGCGGAAAGCUUGAAGAGCAGUUUGAGGAAUACCUGAAGAGCAUCUUCCCUGAGCAUAUCUUUCCAGAAAUCAAACAGGAGAUGAUACCUUCUGCUCCCCCUGAGUCUCUUUUCUCCUCUUUUGACCACAAAUCCCAGCAUGCAAAGCGCCUGCACACAUGUCCAGAUUUCCAGGACACACCGAGCUGUCCCAGUGGAGAGGAGGGAGAAGUAUGAAAGAAACACAUCUUUUGAAAUGUUCAAAAGCACUGCCAGCACCCGCUCAUAUGCGGUGUGUUUACUUUAUACUUAUACUAUAAACUAUACUAUGUUCUGGACCAAGCUGCAUGGCAAAUGUUGCAUUUACUAUGAAUUCAAAGACAUAAAGAAUAGGAUUUAUGCAAAAUGUCCAUACAAGCAGAACAUUUGGGUGUUUACAGGGUAAAGCUGAACCGGCCAUUAAGGUGAGCAGUCUUGUUUUGGUUAAGUUAUGAGAUCAAGUCAUCAAUUCACUCACGUUAAGUGCAUUCAUUAGCUCUGAGCUUGCAUACUGUGGUCAGGUCUCGUGUGUUUUUCUGGUUCAGCUCUCCAUGUGUAAAUAAAGUUCAGCGGAAGCAUGAUAAUCAUGCAGCUUUGAUGUUUUUUCCAUCGAAUGUGGAAAAAUAUGUUUCGAGGCCACUCAAGAAAAACAUUGGAGCCAAAACUGUUUACAUUGUCAAAUUUGUGUGCAAUAUUUCUGAUUUGUCUAUACCUUAGAUGUUAUUUCCUCUUCUACUUAUGUCUAUUUGAAAUAAGGUUAUUGGAUUUUAUUGUGAAGAAGUAAGAAUGCAAAUGUAAUAUGAUACAAUCUAAGAUCAUUUUAAUUCAGUAACUUUUCUUUCCACACCAGAAGAUUAAGUUACAAACUAACUGUCAUGCACCUAAUCUUGCAGGUGUUUACAGGGUAAAAUAAAAACAUGGUACCUCA